GGCCCCGCCCCCCGGGGCUGCAGCUCCCGGCGUGCUCCGCACUCGCCGCCGCCCGCCCCUCCUCUCCGCCUGCCAGUGCCGCCGAGCCCCAGCCGCCGCCGCAGUCUCAGCGCGGGCACUAUGGCAUCUGGAGUUACAGUGAAUGAUGAAGUUAUCAAAGUUUUUAAUGAUAUGAAAGUAAGGAAAUCUUCUACACAAGAGGAGAUCAAAAAGCGAAAGAAAGCAGUUCUCUUCUGUUUAAGUGAUGACAAAAGACAAAUAAUUGUAGAGGAAGCGAAGCAGAUCUUGGUGGGUGACAUUGGUGAUACUGUAGAGGACCCCUACACAUCUUUUGUGAAGUUGCUACCUCUGAAUGAUUGCCGAUAUGCUUUGUACGAUGCCACAUACGAAACAAAAGAGUCUAAGAAAGAAGACCUAGUAUUUAUAUUCUGGGCUCCUGAAAGUGCACCGUUAAAAAGCAAGAUGAUUUAUGCUAGCUCUAAAGAUGCCAUUAAAAAGAAAUUUACAGGGAUUAAACACGAGUGGCAAGUAAAUGGCUUGGAUGAUAUUAAGGACCGUUCAACACUUGGAGAGAAACUGGGAGGCAAUGUAGUAGUUUCACUGGAAGGGAAACCGUUAUAAAAUGACAAUCAAGUGCCAUCUGGAUCUUAAGGAGCUUUUCCAGUUCAAUCCAUUGGAAUAGUAUUAGGUUUUGUUUUUGUUUUGUUCCCUUUCCACCGGACCCUUCCAACACAAUGAAUGAAGGAGAUACCAUUCAUUUAAGCAGCUUGUCAGUGAUUGCCAUUAGACUGUUUAACACCAUUACUUUUAUGUACAGCCCAAGGAAUGCCUUUCCAUCUUUAGCCAAAACUACUGGUUACAUGCCUCCCUUGCUGCAAGCACUACAAUGAAUGUGAUUGUCAAUGUGAAUAGCUUAGAAUACUGCAGAGGAUAAGCUAAUUGAAUGCCUUGAAAGUAUUAGCCACUGGUUAGAUGGUUAACUUUUUUCAGUAUUAUUUAUAGUUGUACUUGAUUGCAGUUCUGUGAGGCGCUCAGCGUUCAUACACCUCACCUGCCUUGGCAAGCCUAUUUUUGUGACAUGGCAGCACAGAUAUAACACUAUGCAUUAAAAGCACUUUUUUUGUAAUGAGUUUAAUCCUGAAAGGAAUGCCAAUUUAAGUUUCAUUAACUGUGUCAUCAGUUUAUCUCCUAGUACCUCAGUGUUCAUUCUUGUUACCUGUGUAUGUUAAAUAGCUGUUACAGUAAUAAUGCCUUUGUGUUUUUUUGUUAAGUGUACACUACUGAAUAAGUGUAGAAGUUUUAUGUUUACCAUGUGAGUCUUGCAACACUACACAUAGUUUUAAUAUCAGUCAUGAUGGCAAUUUCUGUAUAAAAGAGCCUUAAAUGGAACAUUGUUUUGAGAUCAAACUCCCUACCCUCACAAAAGUGGCCACGUUGCAAUAAAAAGUGUGGCAUAUUACAGAA